GCUAUGGUGGGCAUCAUCUCGUCAAAUUCCUCUUCCAUCCGGGCCAAGCCCCUACGAGGUGGAGAGAUGCCCCGGGUUCGGCGACAUGGGCUUGUCAACUGCCAGUUAGGUACAUUGCUGUACCUCGGGCGCCCAUAUUAAGCGUUACAUCAUCGUAACUGCAGGAAGACCCCGAGCCCAUUAAAACUCACUUUGCGAUCGACUUACCUAACUCAGGGCGGGCGGACCAAAAUGGGGUCUGGGAAAGUGGCACAAGCUUCUUUUUUUUCCGGGCCCGCUUGAACAACAUUACACGUCUUCUCGGCGCGAAGACUUUUCUUUUAUGAUUGAUUGUACAAGGUGAAUAGCCUUCGCAAUGAGAUUUGAAGUUCUUGCCAUCUUCAGCUAUUGUCCGAAGAUAUGAGUGGACAAGCAACUCAAGAGAACGAGGUGGCUGGCGCUGUCACUUUCGCGCCUCCGCCGCCCCCAGCAGACUCGGCAGAUGCCCCUAAACCGAACGAGACGAAGUCUUCAUCCGGCGGUGUCUUUGGGGGCUUUUUCAACUAUUUUCGUCUUCUGUUCUACGCCGAACCGAAAUUUGUCGAUGUUCUCCUGCUCCUAGUGGGCAUAUUUUCUUCUAUUGCAGCGGGUGUGCCGUUUCCCCUCAUAGGAAUUGUUUUCGGUCAGCUAUUGGAUAACCUCAACUCUGCAACUUGCGCCAAUGAGUCCGCAACGGAUGCAAGUGACUACCAAUCGAGUGUCAACUCAAAGGUGCUCUUGGUUGUAUAUCUUGCAAUUGCCCAGUUCGUUGCCAUCUACCUUUACAUUGUGAGCUGGAACCUCUUCGGAAACCGCUUAGCACAUCGUCUUAGAGCAAAGUACUUUAGAUCUCUCUUGAGGCAAGAGGUCUCGUAUUUUGAGAAACUACCAGCCGGAGAUGUAUCUUCACGACUCACAACCGAUAUCGAGACGAUCCAACAGGGCACUUCAGAGAAGGUCGGCGUGGUACUUGGAGUACUUUCCAUGUUCGUGACUGCAUACAUUGUUGCGUUUAUCAAGUAUGCCAAGCUUGCUGGUAUUCUUGUUUCCCUGCUUCCUGCUUUCAUGCUCAUGGGCGUUCUUGGGGGACAUUUCAUCGGCAAGUACUCAGGUCUUGUUUCAAAGCAUAUGGCUGCAGCUGCAUCUGUCGCACAAGAAAGUCUGGCAAACAUCACGGUAGUCCAGGCGUUCAGGGCUAACAGCAAACUGGAGCGAAAAUUUACCAAGCAGCUGGAUCUGGCCCGUAGCGAUGGAAUCAAGAAGGCUAUUGCGACGUCCAUACAAUCUGGUAUGUUGUACUUCCUUGGAUACGCGGCCAAUGGCCUCGCAUAUUGGCAAGGAAGUCGUGCAAUUGCGGAUGUCGUCAGUGGUGAGCUACAGGGCAUGAGUGUCGGCACAACCUAUACCAUCAUUUUCAUUAUCGUCGAUGGCACCCUCGUGUUGAGUCAAAUGGCACCAUUCAUUCAAAUCUUUGCAUCCGCGUCGUCGUCCUUCACGCGGUUGAGGGAAGACAUUGACCGACAGUCUCGAAUUGAUGGCACCAUCGAGUCAUCGAGCGACACACCCCCCGCCUGCGAAGGAGACUUCGAACUCAAGAACGUUGCUUUCAACUAUCCGUCUCGCCCUGAUGUACCUGUUAUUCAGAAUGUCUCGCUCCAUUUCCCAGCAGGAAAGCGCACUGCCGUAGUCGGUCUGUCCGGAAGCGGUAAAUCUACCAUCGCUGGACUCCUUACAAGACUAUACGAUCCCGAAUCAGGUUCGAUAUACUUGGACGGUAAAGAUCUUCAAGGCAUCAACGUACGAGAACUCAGGAGUCACAUAGGUCUGGUUCAACAAGACCCCCUGCUCCUUGAGCGAUCCAUCUUAGAGAACAUCGCGCUAGGUUUGGUAAACUCGUCACGACCCGAACACGCCAUCUUUCGGCCAAUUUUGCUUAGUAAUACUUUUGCAAACAUCGCCGAGGAUGCCCGGAAUGGUCAGGAUCUGAAGGCUGCGGCCAUGGCCCACGGCGACCUUGCUGUCCAGAUCCUCGAGAUGGUGCAGAAUGCUGCAGCAUUGGCUGAUGCUGGUAUUUUCCUUGGUAGUCUGGAGUUUGGACUCGCUACAAAUGUAGGUGCCAAUGGUGACCUCCUCAGUGGCGGCCAAAAGCAAAGAGUCGCUCUUGCACGAGCUCUUGUCAAGGACCCAAGGGUUUUAGUGCUGGACGAAGCCACUUCGUCUUUGGACUCAGCUAGUGAGCAAAGGAUUCAAAAAGGUCUCGAUCAGGCCACGGCAGGCCGCACCGUUAUAUCAAUAGCUCAUAGGCUCGCGACGGUCAAGACUGCAGACAACAUUGUCGUUAUGAGAAACGGCCGAGUCAUUGAGCAAGGAACCCAUGCAGAGCUUAUGGCCAAGGAUGAUGCAUACGCUGCACUCGUGAGGUUGCAGAACGUUGCCUCCGAAACAUCUAGUGUCACCACAACUUCAUCCAAGGAUAUUGACGAAGAUGUGCACAAAUUCAGCCAAGUGCCCACGAAAGAGAUUGAGAUCACAUCAGACACGAACGCCAACAACCAAUCUGAGGGAGAACAGCAGCCAGAUCCAGACACAAAAUCCGAUAAAUCCAGCAUGGCGAAUUUCAAGACUAUCGGACGUUAUGCACGCCCUCAUGCUUUGUUCCUGCUGUUCGCAUUCGCAGGGUCUGCCGUGGUUGGAGGUGCCUACUCAGGUUCCGCUGCCAUUUUCGGCAACACAGUCGGAGCCCUCAGUCCCUGCAACGAACCAAGCUACAUCAGAUCUUCUGGUGCCUUUUUCGGUCUUAUGUUCUUCAUUCUGGCUAUCAUCGAGUUCUUUGCCAACGUGAUCAGUUGGUCUUCGUUCGGAUAUGUUGCCGAAAAAGUUAUCUAUGUUGUGAGAACACUUUCCCUACGAUCGUUGAUGGAACAAGACGUUCAAUGGCAUCAAUCGGAAGGCAGGACCCCUUCAACACUGCUCAGCUACAUCACAGCUGAUUCUAGCGCUCUUGGUUCUCUGACUGGCUCGAUCAUUGGCACUCUCUUCUCAAUUGCAGUCAACUUUCUUGUCGCUUUGAUAUUAUCACAUAUCUUAGCAUGGAGGAUUGCACUCGUGUGCCUGGCUGUGCUUCCCCUCAUGCUGGGCGCCGGCAUCAUGCAGAUGCGCUUACUGGCAAAAUUUGCUGCAAAGCACGAAAAGGCUUUCUCCAAGUCUAUAGGCAUCACAGUAGAAGCAGUCAACUCCAUCAAGACGGUGGCAGCCCUGUCACUUGAACAAGAAGUUUUGGGAACCUACUGGCGAGCUCUCAAAUACCCUCGCAAAGAUCAUUUGAGGACCAGUAUCUGGGCCAACCUUUUCCUGGCGAUGACAUACAGUGUUGCGAACCUCAUCUAUGCACUUGCCUACUGGUGGGGCGCAAAACAGAUCAUUGAAGGCUACUACACCCAGACCCAAUUUUUCAUUGUUCUUGUUUGCCUUCUCGUAAGUGCACAGCAGUGGGGCGAGCUUUUCACACUUGCUCCAGAGGUGGGAAAUGCUGGUAGAGCCGCUGGACGUAUUUUCAGCUUGAUCGACCUAGGCUCAAGCAGAACUCUUGAUGAAAAGCAUAUUUCUGAGAAGGACCCCGAAUCAAUUGUUGAGAUGAAGAGCCCAGGUCCUCAGAUUGAAGGCGGCAUGCGAGUCAAUUUCAAUGAGCUUGUGUUCUCUUACCCAGCUCGUCCCAACCGACAAGUGCUCAAAGGACUGAGCCUUGAUAUCCAGCCGGGCCAGUUCUGCGCACUGGUUGGGCCAAGUGGUGCAGGUAAAUCGACUAUCAUAUCUCUGAUGGAGCGAAUGUACCAUCCAAGCUCUGGAGUGAUUGAGGUGGACGGCAUGGACAUCGCAGCCAAGAAGGAGCCAGCUUUCAGAGAUGACAUCGGCCUUGUUCCACAAGACAACAUUCUGUUCGACGGUAGCGUACGUUUCAACAUUGCACUAGGAGCCCGUCCAGGCUACGACCCUUCGGACACCGAGAUAGAACAGGCAUCUCGUUUGGCAAAUAUCCACGACACAAUCAUGGCAUUGCCGGAUGGAUAUGAGACCGAAUGCGGCCCCGGAGGCGGUCGGCUCUCGGGAGGACAGAAACAACGACUUGCCAUUGCGAGAGCGCUGGUCCGAAAACCGCGACUGUUGCUACUGGAUGAGUCCACCAGCGCUUUGGACGCCGAGUCAGAGCGACUACUUCAAGAUGGCUUGGAGAAAGCAACUAAAGGCAUCACGGUCAUCGCUAUAGCUCAUCGGCUGCAUACCAUCCGUAGGGCCGACGUGAUCUUCAUGAUCGAGGAUGGAAAGUGUGUGGACAAGGGUACCCACGAGGAGUUGUUGCAGAGGAGUGAAAGUUAUCGGGUCAAUGUUCUCCACCAGACACUGGGUUGAACUGCUGAGUUGCCUACUGAUAUUUACCGACCACCAAUUGGCCAAUUAUAGACAUGCAUCGUAGUAAUAUUAUUGAGUUAGAAGCUUCUUUGCGUUCCAAUUUGGGUUUC